GUCAAGUGCCUUCACAUGUCUCUAUUGUUAAAAAAUGUUAUAGUUAUCUUCCCCAGGGAAUUCCCUGGGAAUUAAGGGGACAGUUUUGGCAAAACAUGAAGAGCACCUGGGAAGCACAGCUCACAUAAGUGCACAAAGAUUUGCUUGUUCACAUAUCUAUUUCAGAACAUCAGAAAUGGAAAAGAAUACAAAUGAUUUGAAUGGAAUAAAGUUUCUUGGCAAUGGGGCCAAAGAAAUUAGCAUUGAGAGUUGUAAAAUCUGGGGCUUCAAUAUCUCAGAACAGCAAUGCAGGGAUUUUCAACUUUAAGUCUUGGAAGUGUGUUCAAACAGAAUCUUAAAAGGAGUCUCCAAUAAAAGCAAGUUGCCCAUAAACAGAGGGAUGGAGAAAGAAGAUGUGGUAUAGAGAUAUGUUCAGUAGAUUACUCCUUUCUGCCCGUGGACGCCGCCGAGUAAGCAUCGUUGACGUUUCCUCCACCUCCACUGCCGUCGUGUCUAAGUCAGAGUCACCCAAAGAGCCCGAACAGCUGCGGAAGCCCUUCAUCGGAGGUUUGAGCUUUGAAACAACCGAUGAGUGUCUGAGGAGCCAUUGUGAGCACUGGGGAGCGCUCACAGACUGUGUGGUAACGAGGGAUCCAAACACCAGGCGCUCCAGAGGCUUCGGGGUUGUCACGUAUGCCACUGUGGAGGAGGUGGAUGCGGCCAUGAAUGCAAGGCCGCACGAGGUGGAUGGAAGAGUUGGGGAACCAAAGAGGGCCGUCUCAAGAGAGGAUUCUCAAAGACCUGGUGCCCACUUAACUGUGAAAAAGAUUUUUGUUGGUGGCAUUAAAGGAGACCCUGAAGAACAUCAUCUAAGAGAUUAUUUUGAACAGUAUGGGAAAAUUGAAGUGAUGGAAAUCGUGACCGAUCGAGGCAGCGGCAAAAAGAGAGGCUUUGCUUUCGUAACCUUUGAUGACCAUGACUGUGUAGACAAGAUUGUCAUUCAGAAAUACCACACUGUGAAUGGCCACAACUGUGAGAAAAAGGCAGCGGAAGUGAAGAGGGGAGCCUGUGCUCUGAUUCCUGGCACGAGGAAACAAGAAGACUCUUGGAUGAGAGGCCACACCAUUUUGGAGUGUGGGAGAGCAGAGCUGCCAGACAUACACCCUUGGUUGGGGUUGACAGGUAUGUGGCAAGGCAGCUGCCGCAUUCUUUCUCCUUGGUGAGGCUAUGUAAAAUAUCCCUUUCUUUGUUCCCUAACGCACGCUCCCUGGACAGAAAUGCCACCAAAAAGGGUGAUAUGGUCAAAUAAGUUUUAGAAAUCUCCCUCUGGGAGUUUCACAAUGUAUAUCAGUCUAUUCUCAACAGAAGUCCACCAGUAGAGGAACUUGAUUAAUUCAGAGCUUCCUGUAUGUAUCUGGUCAAAGAAUCAAAUUGUGUGGCUAUAUAAGAAAUAAGAUACAAAGGAACUGGUGUUCCCUUAUGAAGGAUGCUAUAAGCAACAGCCUAAUGCAAGACUUCUCAACCUGGUGCUGAGGGAGAAUCACGUUCUGGAAAAGCUAAUAAGUGUGUCCCCUAUAAAAGAUCACUUAUCUCCCAUGAAUUUGUUUAUCUGUUCAAAGUUGCACAGCUUUCCUCUUUCUAAGUUCUCUCAGCCUUUAUUAUUAAAUUUGUUCCUUGAACAAUCUCCUAUGCGAUAAUAAAAUUUAGGAAACACUGUCCUAAUGUAAUCAUUUUUGCCCUUACAGCAGGAACAUAUGCUCAGGACAUUAUCCAUUAUCCCUCAGUGGAGCCGCGAUGAGUCCCCACAGUGCCUCGUCAGUAUAGCAAAAGCUUUGCUCCUCUGUAAGAACAGGAAUUAUUUCCCUCCCAGCCAGUAAGAACAUCAUGUUUUCCUUUUUUCUUUGGCCAUCAGAAAGCACAAAGCCCAGUUUGCAACCUCAACUGUGGCAACUGAGAGAUCUCACAACCUGCAAAUAUGCCUCCAUUUUCUUCUGGUUUUGGGAAUCUAUUCUAUUCAACUACACAUCUCCCUUGCUGCUGCUCCUUAAUAUGUAUGUGUGUAUGUACGUAAACUAAUAUGUA